AUGAAUUUCCUCAUCGAGGCCCGUUUCGACCCAACCAAAUUGACUAUGACAUCAAAAUUGAACGACCAAUUGAGCUCGGAAAACGAUCAGCGGCACAAUGAUGGGAGGAGUGUCACUCUGGUAAUUAACCGGUGCUCACCCGAUCACCCUGAUUUCGGAUUUGAUGAUCCUAGAGGUAUUAGACUUGCCACCAUCACCAGCCUGUCGAAGGAGGGCUACACUCCUGUCGACCAUUAUUCACUGUCAAAGGUGGCGUAUAAAAGAAAGACCAUAUUGGUGCUGACAAACCUCGCCGCAGAGAAACUAGAAGCCGGACACAACAACCACGGGAGCAGCAUCCCAAUUGACAGCUCCACUAAGAGAUCGCCCAGCACAAACAAGAACCGAAAACUCUGCUCGCAGGCACCACCAUCAUAUUCCAUUCUCACCCUUGUCUCCUCCGAUGUUGCAUUUGGUGCUUCCUCCAAGGCACUCUUCUGA